AAGCGCAUCCAGCUUUUGGUAGCGAAAGAUCAAGUUCUGAUGAUAAUGGACGAUACCAGUAAACGCAUCAGCUCACCCUCAUGUAUUACUCAUGUUCCACAGGAGCAAGAGUCGAUACUCGUUAAAUUUGACGAAGGGGACACACGCGACCCACAAAACUUUUCUAACGCGCGCAAGUGGGCCAUCACGUUAACAUGUUGUGCGUUCGCUGGAAUCACAGCGUCAUCAGCGUCAUCUUACUCGAUCAGUUAUGAGUCGAUGAUGCAAGACUUAAAUUGUACUCAACUUCAGGCGACCGUAGGACUGAGCAUGUACGUGAUAGGUUUCGGGAUUGUCCCAUUGAUUUCCUCGUCAUUCAGUGAGGAAACCGGCAGACGACCCCUUUACAUCGUGUCAUCCGUAUUCUUUAUGCUCGCUGAAGUUAUGAACGCAUUGGCACCAAACAUACAAACCGUGAUUGUGGCACGUACUCUACAAGGAGUCUUUGGCUCUACUGGCGCAUCAUUAGUCGGAGGUAGCAUAGCUGAUAUAUGGCAGCCACAUGAACGCGGAUUGCCGAUGUCUCUGUUUGCAUUCUCAUCGAUAUUCUCUUUCGGCCUCGGGUCAGUGUUUGGGGGGCUCAUUGCUUCUAGUCCACAUCUCGGUUGGCGGUGGGUGCAAUGGGUGCAUGUCAUGAUCUCUGGGGCAUAUGUUCUUGACGUCAUCCUGGUGAUGAGCGAAACCCGUUCAUCCAUUGUUCUUACCCGCAUCGCGAAGGACACCAGAAAGAUGACCGGUGACCCCAGAUAUCGAUCCAGCGCUGAAAUUGACAAACCAAGCUUGGCAUCUCUGAUUAAGACGUCGUGUACACGACCGUUGUAUCUACUCUUGACUGAACCAAUUGUGCAGAGCUUCAGUCUUUGGAGUGGCUUCACUUGGGGGGUCGUGUACUGCUUGCUCGAGUCCGCCACCACGGAGUUUCAGUCUGUCUACAACUUCAGCGUCAGCGAGACAGGAUUUGUAUUCUUGUGUCAGAGUGUCGGAGCCAUCAUCGGGUUGAUAGCGAAUAUGUAUCAGGAAAACUUGUACCGAAAACACUUUCCGACAAAGGGCCAAGAAGCACGGCUAUACAUGGCGUGUGUCGCCGCUAUUGUCCUGCCCGCUUCAAUGUUCAUCUACGCAUGGACGGCAUCGCCUAAGAUUCAUUGGAUAGUACCUCUGAUUGCAUUGACUGCGUUUAUGUCCGCUGUCUUCGUAAUAUUCCAAGUUGCAUUUUUAUAUCUUGCCGACUGCUACGGUCCAUAUACCUCCUCGGCCCAAGCAGGGCAGAGCUUGGCUCGAAAUUUAAUGGCAUUGAUCUUCCCGCUUUUCACACAGCAGAUGUUUGCUGGUAUGACAUAUAAGUGGGGACUGACACUCUGGGCGCUGCUAUCCGUGUUGAUGGCACCAAUUCCAUGGGUCCUUAUUUUCCAUGGUUCCAAGAUCCGCUCGCAUAGUAAAAUCUCUCGCAAAAUUCUCGAGGCUGAAGAACAACAAUCAGACGGCGACAAAACUGUUGUUUCCAGCCCCACUGAGGAAAGAAGUAUGAAAGUGUAACGAAGUUUUGCUUGGAAUAUAACAACUGUAAUGACCCUUUAUGUGAACGUCACGACUUCCCCCAAUAUAUGUAGUAUAUGUAUAUGCACGCACCUUCCGAAGAUAAUUGUCAACAGCCUUAAACACGCC